GCGCAUGUGCUCGUGUGUAAAUAACCGCUUCAUCAUAUAAAUAUACACUUCACUUCAACUCAUUACAUUAAAUCUGCAGACUGCUUAUGCGUUUAUACUUGGAUUUCUGUCUCGUUUGUUUAUGGUUAAGUUGUAAUAUUGAGUAAUCGCACGUGGAUUUAGCCUACUCGUGUCCAUCAACCCAUUAAAAAACACGCAGGAAUCAUGACUUCUCAGGUGAGACAGAACUUUCAUCAGGAUUGUGAAGCAGCCAUAAACAGACAGAUUUACCUGGAGCUCUACGCUUCAUAUGUUUACCUGUCUAUGGGGUAUUAUUUCGACAGGGAUGACAAAGCAUUGCCCAAUUUUGCCAAGUUCUUCCGUGAGCAGUCCAAAGAGGAGCGAGAACAUGCAGAGAAACUGAUGAGCCUGCAGAACCAAAGAGGAGGACGAAUCUACCUGCAGGACAUUAAGAAGCCGGAUCGGGAUGAGUGGGGCAGUGGUCUGGAAGCAUUGGAAUGUGCUAUAGCUUUGGAAAAGAGUGUAAAUUUGUCAUUACUGGAACUUCACAAAGUGGCAACCCAGCACAGUGAUCCACAUGUGUGUGAUUUUCUGGAGACGCAUUAUUUGGAUGAGCAGGUGAAGUCCAUUAAAGAGCUCUCUGAUUGGGUGAGCAGUCUGAAGAAGAUGGGCGCACCUCAAAACGGCAUGGCAGAAUAUCUGUUUGACAGACACACUUUGGGAAAAGAAUAAGAUCCUCGACGGUCUCUUUAUAUUCUGUUAUGUGCUGAUUUAAGCUAUCAGCGUGCUUCUGCCAAGCAUGUACAAGAGUCACAGCACGGACUCCGUAGGUACCGCCCGAAGCCAUAGAUCUAGCGCCCAGCAGCCCAAACGGUAUAUAGGCUCGUAUAUUGGCCAGAUAUUACACAAACAUUUAUGCAAUGACUUGAUUGAGUUGCUUUCAAUAAAAAUUUCAAAUGA